AUGCAGAGACCACAGCUGGUUCUGGGAGCCCUGGCCCUCUGCUUGUUAACGCCCUCUCGCUCGGAAUCCAACCCCUCCGACGCGGCGGUCGAAGGUCCCGUCCACCGAGUGCCGCUCUCGGCUCUACAGACCUCCGAGUCCGUCUCGUACCACGUCCCCGCCGCACCUCCGGGUUCCAACCAGGGAGGACCGUCGUCCCACCACACACUCUACCAGUCGCAGCAGAGUGUCACCUCCUCUCCCCCGCACCGUCGGUUUCCAGCCAUUGCCAUGCUGUUCCCGACGACGUUAACGCCGUACGCGUCGCCACCUUCCUCGUCCAGUAUUCUCCACCACCACCUCCGAGAGAGUUCGGGCGUUUCCACCAAGUACCAGAGCGCCGAACAGUACGAACCACCGCGACGGCCGUCGACUUCGCAGUUCGGCUCUGAGCUGCCACGUCCCGGACGCCGGGAGCCCCAGCAACAACACCAUCAUCAUCAGCAGCAGCAGUCGCAACACCAGCACACCUACGGUGGCUCAGUGCUGCCUAAGCUCUCUUCGCCGUACAGCAGUUACGCGCAGGGUCUGUCCAUGGACCAGGCGGAGAAGCGGCCUCAAGACUUGUCGGCGUACGAGGCACCUCCGGUCGUACCGGACGCACCCCCGAGGUUCCUCUACGAGCGCCCCCUGGUAGAGCACGAGCGAAGUCACGGGCGGCCCAUGACCUCGCUUGUAGAGUCGUCUCACUACGAGCAACAGCAGCCGCGGGAGAGGCCCUCGCAGCAGCAGCAGCAGCAACAGAGUUCGCUCUACGGCUCGUCCAAGUACGCCACUUCGGCGCAGCUGAGGAACCAGUACGCUCCGCAGGUGGUCACCGAGAAACCCUUAACUUCGCCGCCGCUGUCCAGCUACGUCAGCAGGCCCGUGCCGGAGUCAAGGAUGCCGGUUCAAGAAGAGCAGACGCAGCAGCAACAACAACAACCCUCGAGGAAGUUGCACCCAUCGCAGCCAGAAACUAGUCCCAUCUAUUCCAGAUACGGCAGGAACUCUCAGGAGAACACGCGUCUGGAGGAACCCCGGGGAGAGUCCGCCGAGAAGUCCCAGCCGGCGCCGGCGCCGUACCAGAGCUACCCGAUGGGCCUGUACGGCGCCUCGGACGGCGGCGGACGCAACUCCAGGCGCCGCUACAACCUCGUCUACAUCCCCGUCGACGUCCUCAAGAAGCUCCUCACGGAGGCCGGCUACAAGAAGAAGAAAUAG